AUGGCCUUCAAUGGCUUUAGGGAGAUUUUCGUUAAGCAAAAGACUUUCCGUCCGAAGAAAACGUUUGCACCAGAUACAAUCCGUUAUCACCUCCACAAGCGUGCUGAGGCUUCACUAAGUUCAGGGAUCGACCUCAGGGAAGCGGUUAAAAAGCCAGAUGACGAAGAACUGAAUGAUUGGAUCGCAGUUCAUGUUGUUGAUUUUUACAAUCGUAUCAACCUCAUUUAUGGGACUAUAUGUGAUCGGUGCACUGAGCAGACAUGCCCGACUAUGUCUGGAGGCAAAAAGUUUGAAUACCAUUGGCGCGAUAAUGUACAUUAUAAAAAGCCUACUCCACUACCAGCGCCCAAAUAUGUUGACGAGUUGAUGGACUGGGUUGACGCACAGAUAAAUGAUCCAUCACUUUUCCCAACUGACAUAGAUAUUCCUUUCCCAAAGUGCUAUAUUUCAACUGUAAAGAAAAUAUUUAGUAGGCUGUUCAGAGUGUUUGUGCACGUCUAUAUUCACCACUUCGAUCGUUUGCAUGAGAUAGGAGCGGAGGCUCAUGUCAACACUUGCUACAAGCACUUCUACUAUUUCGUAACUUAUUUCGAUCUUAUUGAUAAAAAAGAACUGGAGCCUUUGAAUGAAUUAACCCAAAGAAUCUGUCACUAA